CCCAAAGUUAACUUCAUUAAGUAUGCUGAUGAUCUGACCGUUUCUGUCCCUGUAGUUUCCACAUCGGAUUGUUCCCAUAUGAAUGGCUUCUUAGCUGAAGUUAAGGAUUGGUCUGGCUCAAAUGGUCUUAAACUAAAUCCAACUAAAUGUAACACUGUUGAUUUCAGCUUGAGAAGUGAAAAAGACAUGCAUGGAUUGAUUCAAUCUCAUGAUUGUUGUAAUAUUGAUGGUACCAUGAUAGAGAGUAAGUCAAGUGUUUCUUAUCUUGGCAUUAGUUUCUCUUCAAACCUUUGCUGGUCGUCUCAUAUUCUUAUAGUUUCUAAGAAAGUUUUCCGUCUGACUUAUUACAUAAAGAAGUUGAGACACUCAGGUAUAACCCAAUCUCUUAUCAUACAAUUUAUUAAUUCAUGUGUUUUGCCCAUCAUUCUUUAUUGUUCUCCAUUAUUCUUCCCUGGGCUACUCAAGAAAGACCAUAUAAUACUACGAAGAACAUUGAGGGCUGUAAGUAGGGUCAGUGCUAUCCCUUUGACUCAACUAAAUGACACUGUUGUCAAUAGGCAUAUGAAUUCUUGUAAACACUUAGCUAAAGUUAUCUUAUCUGAUAGUGAACAUCCUCUUUAUUCACAAUUGUUUCCUUGUAUCUCUUCGGGUAAGACCAGAAGAAAUUUUAUAAACAUUUAUGCUCGUACUACAAAAUAUAAAAAUUCGACCGUUCCAUAUUUGGCACGAGUAUUGUGUGAAGAGACAAAUAUCAGAAAAGAACUUUUACAACUUUUAAAUCAUUAACUAAACUAUAAAAUGUAAUGAUGCAUAUUAAUGCAUGUGUUAUUUGUUAUAUUAUCUAUUUAUUAUUCACUAUGACCUAGCAAUGGUGUGAUUUUGU